AUGACUAUCUUCUUAGCCUCGCUGUUUCUCCCGAAGACCGUUUACUUCAAACUACCUAAUGCGCCAGCUGCGAGCGAGCGCCAUACUCAAAGAAAGAGUACCAAAAAAGUGCUGAAACGACCUCCUCUAGAGCUUCGCACUAGUCUCUUUCCCGACCCCGCAAUCACUCCUCCCAAGACACCCGAGGAGGAGACUACCAACCUUAGUGAUGCCCUUUUUGUAAAUGAGGACGGGCUUCGUGUGAUUAACGUCUCGGACGACGAGGAAUUUAGAGCGCCAGCGCCGACCGACAAAGAAUCACCGAAAUGGGGUGGCCGAGCUAACCAGCCAAAAUCUCGAGCGAAUUCCCCUCCUCCAGCCUCCCUCUUAGAUCAUGCUAGGACCCUGGAAAAGGCCAAGGAGCUUGGACGACAAGGCAUUCUUCAACCUCGAGUAGCAAGGAGCGAUAGCCAUGACAGGGUCUUCGCGCAUGCCAAUUGGCGCAUAGUGAAUGCGGAUCAAGGCAAUGGAGGUCUUCGCAACGCAGCCGAGGCAGCAGGGCGCGAUGGGUAUAACCAGGAAUACUCAUGGGUGGGCACUUUAGGGAUGCCCACGGAUGCGCUCGAAGGGACACAGCAAAAGCAAGAUAUCACCGACAGACUGGUGACUGAGUUUAGUAUGUACCCCGUCUUCUGCUCCGAUAAAGACUUCGACGGACAUUAUUUGCAUUUCUGCAAGCAAAUUCUUUGGCCUGUCUUUCACUAUCAAAUACCCGACAACCCGAAGAGCAAGGCCUACGAAGACCAUUCAUGGCAAUUCUAUGUCAACCUGAACCAAGCCUUUGCCGACAAGAUCGUCAAGAAUUGGAAACGAGGCGACACGAUAUGGGUCAACGAUUACCAUCUGCUACUGGUGCCAAGCAUGAUCCGCAAGAAGCUCCCGGAUGCAAAAAUUGGUCUGUUUUUACAUGUUGCCUUCCCAUCUUCCGAGGUCUUCCGAUGUCUCGCUGUCAGAAAGCAAUUACUGGAGGGCAUGCUCGGCGCGAACCUUAUUGGCUUCCAGAUCCAUGAGUACACUCGCCACUUCUUGCAAACCUGCAGCCGCCUCCUCUCUGUAGAGGCGACUCCCGAUGGGGUGCAAUUGGAGGAUCGGUUUGUGAAUGUGAUGAACCAUGCCAUCGGUAUUGACCCUGUUAGUCUCAACGGUCAUCGCCAGGAUGAGGAGGUGAUGAAAUGGAUCGAAAUCAUGAGAGAUCGAUACAAGGACAAGAAGAUCAUCGUCGCCCGUGACAAGCUCGAUCAUGUUCGUGGAGUCCGGCAGAAGCUUCUCUCCUAUGAGCUGUUUCUUAACAAGAAUCCUCAAUGGAGAGACAAUGUCGUUCUCAUCCAAGUGGCUCUAUCUAACGGCGAAAAGACAGACCUUGACGCCGCAGUCGGCGAUAUUGUCACUAGGGUAAAUUCCAAUUGGGCUAAUCUCGCCUAUCUACCUCUCGUGUAUCUGAAGCAGGACAUCCCAUAUUCCCAAUACUUGGCUCUUCUGACAAUCGCGGACGCUCUCAUGAUCACCAGUCAACGUGAGGGUAUGAAUCUUACAUCACAUGAAUUCAUUGUCUGUCAAGAUGGUGAAUACUGUGACAGGAAGCAUGGCUCUCUCAUAUUAUCAGAGUUCACUGGGACUUCGUCCCUUUUCGGCGGAAAGGAAUUAUCUGUCAACCCGUGGAGUUAUCGGCAGUGUUCAGAAGCAAUCAAGCAGGCGCUUGAAAUGCCUGAUGAGGAGAAAAACGAACGGUGGACAGCACUUCGUGAAGUCGUCAGCCAACAUACCGGAGGCCAAUGGUUCUCCAAAUUCAUAGCAUCUCUCAACCAGGUCUAUGAGGAACAGCACCGACAUGAUCAAACAUCUGUACCUCGACUGAAUUUGAAUGCCCUUGGUGCCCGGUAUUCUCAAAGCAAACGUCGUCUGUUCUUCCUUGACUUGGAAGGUACUCUAAUCCCCUAUGGACCGAUGAAUGAAAUCAUUCCCAUGAACCCUCAGCGCACUCUAGACGUCUUGAAUGAUCUAGUGGACGAUCCUCGCAAUACCAUAUACGUAAUGUCUGGACGUAGACCUGAAGAGCUCGAUCGACUUUUCCGCUUAGUUCCUAACUUAGGCCUCAUUGCGGAGAAUGGCUGCUUUAUCAAGAGUUCUGCCGACGGAAAUUGGACUGAAAUUGCAGACCACAAUCGAGUCUCUGCUUGGAAAGAGUCGGUCCGGGGGAUACUCCAGUACUACCUGGAGCGCACACCUGGAUCAGAAAUUGAAGACCGCAACUGUUCAUUAAUUUUCCAUUACAAGCAUGCCGAUGAUUACGCCAAUGCGGAACGACAAGCAAGCGAUUGGACUGGGCAUAUCAACGAAUCCUGUGAAGAACAGCGCGUGCAUGCUACACAGUUAGACAAUUGCGUCGUUGUCGAAUCGAUUGACUGGACUAAAGAAACUGCUGCUGCCCAGGUAUACCAAGAUGCCAUUAAACACCCUCAGGGUGUAGAAGCAAGUCCAGUGGAUUUUGUCAUGGUCGUUGGAGACGGCCGUGAGGACGAGAAAGUCUACAAAUGGGCCAACAGCCUGAAGACGGCUGGCGGCGAUGCUCAGGUAGACAACGUCGUUACCGUAAGCUUGGGUAGCCGGAAUACUGAAGCUACUUCUACAUUAACUCAGGGUGUGAGCGGUGUUCUCGUCACUUUGCAAAAGCUUGCUGGACUUUCAUAG